UGAUGUUUUUGUGCGGUUUUUGUUUACAAACGGACGCGACGCACAGUCCCAUUAUUAAUCAGAAAAGCCAACGCAAAAAUCGACGAGCUCUAAAUUUUCUCUUCAGAAGUUUGCGCACUUGAAGUUAUGGAAAGCUCCAGCCCGGAAGCACCGCAAGUACAGAAUCAGGAAAAAUCCAUUGAAGAAGCGACAUCAGUAACCGCAGUGGAAACAACGGAUCUGGAACGGGAGGAACCGGAAGACGGUGAGGUGCUGGAAAAACUGAAAGGCGAUCGGAUCGGCGAAACCAUGUACAGCGAACGGUUCGUGCUGACGACGAUUCUGAAGCUUCCGCAGCUGGAGGGGACCCUGGCGGAAGAUGAGGACUAUGAGAAGGACCUGUGCAGCCUGUGGGACAUGACCAUCGAGCAGGACGUGGUACUGUUCCUGCUGAAACACGACGUGAUUGAACUGUUUGUGGGAAUCUCGGAAGCGUCCGAGGAUAAUCGUCUGGUGGAGAUUCUUCUGGGGAUUGUGGGCAACAUGUGCUGCGUGGAAGAGACCCAUCGGUUGCUGUAUGAGAAUAAAGGUUUGGUGGUCAGUUUGUGCGGGUUCUUGAGCUCGAGCGACACUUUGGUGCUGGUGCAGUUGAUGAGGAUUUUGACGACGAUUUUGGAGCGAUCGGAUGAUGAGGAGUACUGCUGGUUCAAGGUGGUACGCGAGGUGGAGGACAUCACGGAGAAGAUAGCUUUUAUACUGGCCAGUACGACCAACAGGGAGCUGAUUGAGCAUACGCUGGAAACGGUGCAUGCGAUGGUCAAUCGUUUUACGGAAGCGGAAGUGGAUUACGCUCAGUUGAAUGAGUUCUACAAGAUGUUCGCCAAAAGUUGCUUGAUCGAGGGAUUGAUGGAAGGGUUCAAGCAGAUGUUCCCCGAAACGGCGGCCGACAAUCAGUUUGAGGAGGACUUUCUGUCGAACAAGGAUCUGAAGACGAUUCAGAAGUUCUUGGAGAUCCACGAAAACUUUAUAAUAAACGCUAAUGAGGUUUACGAGGAUCAGGUCGACAAAAUCGUGUACUGCGUCUAUCGUGUGUUAGUGCCGAUGAGUUCCGAGGGUUGUCUAAUUCCACUGUCCAAGGCGCACGUCAGAAUACUGGUUUGCAUCAAUAGCAUUUACAGUGCAAUCGUGUACCAUUUCCACGCUGAAACAUUCCUGGCCAUGCUGAAGAUCUACACGAUUCUGGCCAAAGAGCAAGAGGGGUUGCAAAAUUCCGCCCAACAACCAAUGGACGAGGAAAACGACGAAACUGAUGGCGAAUUCGAAAUUCAGACGGCACUGGGAGAGAUUCUGGAGACUUUGUACUUCAUGGCAGAACCGAUGAAUAGCUCAACGAUUGCCAACACUCUGAAGGUUAGUUCGUUCAACGAGGAAACCAUUCAACGGCUCUGUUUGGCGCUGAAGGAAACCAUGGCCGGCGAUCCACUACUCGGACGGACCUGUGAUUUGCUGUUGGAGAGUGCCCGAGAGGCGUGGACCGUUGAGGACAAAAGUCGAUCUUAGGAAUGUUAGUUGUAAGCUUUAUUGUGUGAAAUUGAUUAAAUGUAAGAUUUAAAACGAA